AGAAAAAGAAAAAGAAAAUGAAAAGGGCAAGACCUUUUUUAUUAUUUAUUUUUUUUUGGGGGUUUUAAUUGGUAACGCCUACAUAUUUUUCUGCUGCGAUGUUGAACUGGGGCUCAGCAUAUCCAUUCGCUGAACACAGCAAAUGCUUCGACACAAAGCUAAUCAUCAAAUCUCCAAGGCAUUUUCAACAUCUUCUAAAGGUUCUCUCAGUUGGAGAACCCAGAUCAAGCAAAACCAGCUAGCCUACCAAAUCUCUUCCAUUCUCUUACAAAGGCAUAAUUGGGUAUCAUUCCUGCAAACCCUCAAUCUUUCCCCCAAAUUAACCCACCCUCUGUUUCUCCAAAUCUUACACAGAACCCAAACACACCCACAAAUUUGUUUAGGAUUCUUCAAUUGGGCUAAAUCAAAUUUAGGGUUUGAAGCAGACCUCAAAUCCCACUGCCAUAUUAUCCAAAUCUUGCUCGGGUCGGGCCUUUCCGGUUCUGUUAAACCCCUGUUCGAUAAUCUGGUUCGAACCUACCCUGCAUCAGUGCUUGUGGAUUCCAUUAAUCGAUCAUCUAAAGGUAGAGAUUCUCAAUCUAAUUCUUUAAGCUUUGUUCUUGAAAGCUAUUCAAAGAAGGGCAUGUUUAGAGAAGGCUUGGAGGUUUAUGCGAAAAUGAGAUUUCAAGGUUGUUCCCCUUCAAUUAGUGCUUGUAACGCACUUCUUGAGGCCAUACUGCGAGAGGGUGAGAUUGGAUUAGCAUGGUGCUUUUAUGGUGCUAUGAUUCGAAAUUGGUUUUUACCUAAUCGAUUUACAUGGUCACUGAUUGCGCAGGCUUUUUUCAAUAGUAAUAAGUUGGAAAGAAUUACUAGAAUUGUAGAAAUGGGUAUUCAUAGUUCGGUGAUACAUAAACUUCUUAUUGAUGGUUAUAGCCAAAGUGGGAAUUUCGGAGCUGCAUUUGAUUGCUUAAACAAGAUGUCUGAUAGAAAACUUGGGACAAGUUUUGGUACCCAUGUCUCAAUCCUUGAUGGGGCAUGUAAACAUGAAGAUUCUGAAGCAGUUGAAAAGAUAAUGAACAUUAUGGUUGAGAAGGAACUUCUUUCUAAAAGUCCUUUGUCCGAAUACGAUUCACUACUUGUGAAGCUCUGUGACUUGGGUAAAACUUACGCGGCAGAGAUGUUCUUCAGGAAAGCUUGCCAUGAGAACAAUGGAUUAAGGGAUACUACUUAUGGCCGUAUGCUAAAGGCAUUGUCUGAAGAAGGGAAAAUUGACAAAGCAAUCCGGAUAUACAGUCUGAUUUCUGAAAAGGGUAUCAAGGUGAACGAUAGUAGUUAUAACUCAUUCGCAAGUGUUCUUAUCAAGGAAGACCAGCACGAGGAGGGACGUGAAUUGUUGAUGUAUAUUAUGAGAAGAGGAUUUAGUCGUUGUGCAUCUCAAUUGUCUGCAUUUAUAGGGCUUUUAUGUCGUAAAGGGAAUUGGAGAGAAGCAGAGGAAAUGUUGAGUCUGAUAUUAGAGAGUAAGAAAUUACCGGAUUCUUUUUGCUGUUGCUCUUUGGUGGAGCACUACUGCUCUACAGGACAGAUUGAUAAAGCUAUGACAUUGCAUGAUAAGAUGGAAAAAUUGGAUGCGAGUCUGGAUGUAGAAACUUAUAAUGUGCUUCUCAAUGGCCUUUUCUUUGAAAGAAGGAUGGAAGAAGCGCUGAGGAUAUUUGGUUAUAUGAGAAGGCACAAAAUGCUAAACGGCAGAAGUUUUACAAUUAUGAUAGGAGGGCUUUGUGGUACGAACGAACUCAGAAAAGCCAUGAAAAUUCAUGACGAAAUGUUGAAGAUGGGUCUUAAACCUGAUAAAGCAACUUAUAAACGUUUAAUAUCAGCGUUUAAGUAAAACUUCAUCGCAGUUUGAAGUAUUCUUAUCGUUUGGUCCUUUAUGUAAUAUCACCCUCUUUAUUUAGAAAGAUUUUACAAUAUGGGAUCUGAAAUUGGCUAACUAAACUUGAUAUUGGUUCUCAAAUCCUCCAAAGGAAAUGUUUUUUGAGAAAUAAAAACUGUGUACUUCCUUUCCUCA